AUGUCUUUUGUUCAUCGCAUGUCUCAAGAGUGUGUAAAAUCCGAACUGGACUUGUUUACGGUACCCUAUACUCAGACUAGCGUAGAAAAAAGCAUCUACGUCGAGGUGCCCCCUCUCUCGGCUCUAUCUGAAGUCGCUCCGCUAGAGUUUCUGAUUACUGGGAAUGGUGAAGACUACUUGGACCUGAAUAAUACGCUUCUUCACAUCCAAUGCCAAAUCGUCAAUGCCGACGGAACUAAUCCGCCACCCGUGGCCAAGGUAGCCUUUGUUAAUUAUCCGAUAGCCUCUUUAUUUUCACAAGUGGAUGUGACCCUGGGAGACCGAUUAAUAUCCCAGAGUUCCAGCCUUUACCCGUACAGGGCCCUUUUUGAUGGACUGCUAAAUUACAGCAAUGAAACUCUCAGGUUCCAAUUUGCGUCGGGUCUUUUUUACAAAGACACGGCCAACGAACAUGAAAGCACAGCCUUGGACGGUCCGAAUGAGGGAUUCAAAAAAAGAAACGGCUAUACAUCCCAGGGUAAAACAGUAGAACUCCUCGGACCUAUUCAUUCUGACCUAUUUUUUCAAGAAAAAUUAAUUCUAAACGGUGUGGACGUCAGAAUUAAAAUGGUGCGGAGCAAAAAUGAAUUCUGUCUGAUGUCCGGAGAUGCCGAGCGCUACAAAGUAAACAUUUUAUCCGCCUCUCUUUUUGUCAAGAAAGUGAAAGUUUCAGCGGCUGUGAAAUUGGGACACGCUCACGCUCUCACAAACGCCAUUGCCAAGUACCCCAUGGAAAGAGUGAAUAUGAAAGUUCUCAGUAUGCCUGCUGGGAUACGUGUGAGCAAUCAGGAGAAUUUGUUCUUGGGACAGCUGCCCAAGUACGUGGUCAUAGGCAUGGUGGACAAUGAGGCCUUUUCGGGGGAUUUCGCUAGAAAUCCCUUCAAUUUCAAGCAUAACCAUGUGGAGUUCCUGGCCUUGUAUUUGGACGGAGAACAGAUUCCAGCCAAGCCCUUUCAACCCAAUUUUGCUAAUGACAACACAGCUCGAGAAUAUUACAACCUCGUGUUGGCCUCCGGAAAGCAUUUGAAAGAUCAGCCUCUAGCCAUCAGCCGUUCUGACUUCUCCCGGGGAUACACCCUGUUUGCCUUUGACUUGACACCUGAUCAAGAAUGCGGGGACCAUUUCUCAUUGGUGAAAACAGGGAACAUGAGAUGUGAAAUAUGCUUUCGACAGCCUCUACCCCACACUGUGAAUCUAAUAGUGUACGCAGUCUUUGACAACAUUAUUGAAAUAAACCAGAGAAGAAACAUCCUUUAUGAUUACUAA